GAAGAAGAAGACAGCGGUCCUUCGAUUGUGCAGGUCCGUAUUGUUUCCGGUCCGCCUGUGCAUCGCUCUUUCCGUUCCGACUCUUUCUCACUCCGCCCGGUGCUUUCUGAUACGCGGCCCACGUGCAGACUUCAUUCGGUUUUCACCCUAAAGUUGGCUGUCAAAGUUUGGACCAAAUGUCGUCGUCUUUCGAUCAGAUGAGGGCGAACGUGGGGAAGCUCCUACGAGGAAUCGAUAGGUACAACCCAGAAAACCUUCCUACGCUGGAGCGCUAUGUGGAGACACAAGCUAAAGAGAACGCCUACGACCUGGAGGCCAACCUGGCUGUCCUCAAGCUGUACCAGUUCAACCCAGCCUACUUCCAGGUUACGGUAACCUCUCAGAUUUUGCUCAAGGCUCUGACCAACCUGCCACACACCGACUUCACUCUCUGCAAGUGUAUGAUCGACCAAACACACCAGCAAGAGGAGCGUCCCAUCAGACAGAUCCUGUACCUGGGGAACCUGCUGGAGACCUGCCACUUCCAGAGCUUCUGGACAAGUCUCGAGGAGAACAGAGAGCUCAUUGACGGCAUUACUGGUUUCGAGGACUCUGUUCGCAAGUUCAUCUGCCAUGUAGUGGGCAUCACCUACCAGACCAUCGAGCACCGGCUACUGGCGGAGAUGCUGGGAGACCCGCUGGACACGCAGGUGAAGGUGUGGAUGAAUAAGUACGGCUGGACGGAGGACGAGGAAGGACAGAUCUUCAUCUUCAACCAGGAGGAGAGCGUGAAGCCCAAGAACAUCGUGGAAAAGAUCGACUUUGAGAGUGUAUCCAGCAUCAUGGCCACAUCUCAGUGAUGUACACACGCAUACACACAUACACACAUAAGGCAAGACCGAUUCAACCAGGUCAUUGUUUUCAUAAUCACUCUUUUCUCAAUAAAAGUAAUUUAUCAUUUACA